CUCCAUCCAGGGUUUUCGAAUAUAUACCCCGCCUCAGUCGAUAAUGUGCAGCCCUAAACUCACAGGUUGCUAAAGAUCGGGUGCGCUAUAUCCAUGAGAUUCUUUGCGUAUCGCAGUGGUUAAGAGUCGGCACCCGUUUGUUGUCACCCAUUCUGUGCAUUGAUGAUUCUGUCGUUGAUGGCUAUAAUCUAUUGGGAAUAAGAAAGUUGUAAAUUCUGAUUGUGUCCGUCGAUAGGGAAUAACGUUUCAUUGAAGUUAAGGAAACAAAAUCAAGAGGGUUAAAUGCACCUGAAGACAACGAGAUGGGUUGUACCAACCUUGGUGCGUCAUUCUGUCCAUGGCUCCUGCUAGCUGUCAUAUGCAUUUGGUUUGUUCCUUUCGCUACAAGCCAUGCCCCGAAACUAUACAAAUCAGAGGCUGACCGAAGGUCUUAUCACCACAUGCUCGGCAAGCUCGGAGACUCCCUAAUAGCGCAUAGACCAAUGGACAGUGAAGACAGUCCUACCGUAGUGACAUGCGACCUUUUCAUCAAUAGCUUCGACUCCGUCAUAGUAGAAAGCAUGGACUACGCCAUCCAGGUCUAUAUUCGCCAGACUUGGAAGGACUCCAGACUACGAUUUGACCACAUGUAUAACAUGAGCUAUAUAACCUUGGACAGUCGUCUAAUACUGAGGAUGUGGGUGCCAGAUUUGUUCUUCCAAAACGAGAAAGCAGCAUCCUUCCAUUCCCUUACCAUUCCUAAUAGGUUAAUGAGGAUCCACAGUGAUGGUACGGUGCUAUAUAGCCAAAGAAUCUCACUGCGACUGACAUGUCCAAUGAACCUGCAGAAGUUCCCAUUAGACAAACAGGUGUGCGCGGUCAAGCUGGAAAGCUAUGGUUACACGACGGACGAAAUGAUCUUCCGGUGGCGUAAUGACACUCCACUCCAGAUGCAGACUGGGAUGGAACUUCCUCAGUUUACUUUAGUCGACCACAAACAGAGCGAGUGUAAAGGCGAAUACAUUACUGGAAACUUCACGUGCCUAAAAGCCAGCUUCUAUCUCGAGAGAAAGUACGGAUACUACGUUGUACAGACGUAUCUUCCCAGUCUGCUCAUCGUCUGCGUUUCGUGGGUGUCGUUCUGGAUCAACAUUGAUGCAGUCCCGGCCAGAAUCUCCUUGGGUGUGCUAACAGUCCUCACCAUGACUACACAGAGCAUCGGUUUGUGGAUGACUCUGCCUCAGGUUUCUUACAUUAAAGCCAUAGAUGCCUGGAUGGCCAUUUGCGUGGUUUUUGUCUUCUGCGCAAUGGUCGAGUUUGCUAUUGUGAAUACCAUGGCAAGGGUAGAGAUACGAAGGAUGAGUGUCAAGAUGCGAAAAACAACCAACAGGGACCUCCCUCCUGACGCAUUUAAGAAACUUUUGGACGACUAUACGUACGGAACAUCAAACCAUCUGGAUCCAAAUAGCCGCAACAUGGCCCGAAUGGUCGACAAAGUUGCUAGAUAUUGUUUUCCCAGCAUGUUUAUUGCUUUCAAUCUCGUGUAUUGGAUAGUUUUGGUAUUUGAUUUGAUCUAAGCGGAGUCUACUCUGAUUUAAGUGAAUAAUGCGGGAAAUUAACAGGCAUUUGCCCAAUACACAUAUCACCAAGCUGUCUUGCGCCAACCCAUGCCAGCCUCCACCUGCUCUACAGUUGUGGUUUCAAGUACCGAGUGGUGAAUUGGCCACUUUGAAAUGAGCGCGUUCACCAUUUCCCACGUUUUGCUUUUGCCCCUUUCUCCCUUUCCUCAACUAUCUACAAGGAACAUAGGCCUAUCAGCUGUUAUCAUGCUCGCAAUGGUAUAUCAAUUAUGAAACGGCAUUGUUAAAAUGCCUAGUAAAUGUGCGUACAUGUAUUUACACAAUAAUAAUUGGUGAUUUUCAUGAACAAUUUUCUGAUGUUUGGACGAACUGCCUAUAUGUUAGGCGCUAUCGACCGAUUUGCGCUAGCGAUUGAUCGCGCAGCGCCAUCUAUGGAUCUGUCGUUUGUGCAAGCAUCGGUCGAUGGCUCAGCGCGAUCUAUCGAUGGGUUGUAUUGUAUGAUGGAUACUGGGAUUGGACAGGAGUGCGUGAUGAGGGCCGUGCGUGUAUGGUAGG